AUGGCGCCGUUGAAGAUGAACUUUGCUUGCUGUCUAUACGAUCGAAUGGUGCCGUUGGCCACAGGCGAAGUGCAACCCAGAGGACUGGAUUUGAAUUUCCUAGAGUUCCACCAUCCCAGGGAUAUCUUUGACAGGCAAGCUGGAAACAAAGAAUUUGAUGCUUGUGAGCUCUCGAGCUCCGAGUACAUCACACGUUACGCUGCUGGAGACAAGUCAUUCGUUGCCAUCCCUGCCUUUCCGUCCAGAGCGUUCAGACACUCCUUCAUUGCCGUGAACAGCAACACGGUGAAGAGUCCGAAGGAUCUGGAAGGGAAAAAGGUUGGAGUACAGCUGUAUACAAUGACUGCUGCAGUUUGGCAGAGAGGCUUGCUCCAACACGAGUAUGGUGUGGAUCUAGACACUAUCGAGUGGGUUGAGGGCAUGAUGGAGGCUCCCGGAUCUCACGGAAAGCCGUCUGCGCUACCGCCGUUGAAGCCUAUCAAGAUCACCACCAACAACAAGCCCAAGUCUCUGAGUCAGUUGCUGGAAGACGGCGAGAUCGAUGCGACCAUCGGUGCAGACCCACCAGAUUGUCUCGGCCGAGCACCGCACAUUAAGCGUCUGUUUCCGGACUUCAAGAAGGUAGAGAUGGAGUACUUCAAAAAGACCGGCAUUUUCCCGGCCAUGCAUCUGACUGUGUUGCGAAGAGAGUUCUACGAAGCCAACAAGUUCGUGGCGUCGAGUCUGUUCGAAGCGCUGAACGAGAGCAAGGAUUUGGCACGUAAGAAAAUGAGUUACACAUCAGCUUUAAGGUAUAUGCUGCCGUGGCUUCCUGAGGCUUUGGAUGAGAUCCAGGAAGUCUUCGGCGGUGAUUGCUGGCCGUAUGGACUUGAGCCGAAUCGCAAGAUGCUUGAGGCUUUGAUUCAGUACCUACACGAGCAGAGCAUGAUCGAGACUAAGCCGACGGUGGAUGAGCUAUUUGCGCCAGUCAGCUUGACGAGAUUCAAGAUGAACCUGAAUGAUUCACUGCCAUAG